UACGCGAUGACGUUUGUGAGAUAGUGUGAGUGCUAGCGCGGCGAGGGGGUCGCGGUCGCCGGUCGCACGCUGCGUGCAUUAGCUAGUGUUGCGCGAAGAGCGCGUGUAGUUCGUGAUACGAGAGACGUGACUGGAACUGUCACACGCGAGACUACACCCGGCCACAUAAUGUCAAAUCGAGCAUGGGUGACGUUAGCCACAAACGACUCGUACGGGUUGGGGGCUCUGGUGCUGGCGCAUUCCCUGCGCCGCGUCGGAUCUUCGUAUCCUGCCGUGGUACUCAUCACACCCUCCGUCACUGAUCCCAUGAGAGAUCGUCUUCGCGCGGUGUUCGCAGAGGUGAUCAUUGUGGAUGUGCUAGACUCGCAAGACGCGGCUCACCUCGCGCUGCUGCAGCGGCCCGAGCUCGGCAUCACGUUCACCAAGAUCCACUGCUGGAAUCUCACGCAGUAUGACAAGUGCGUGUUCCUGGAUGCCGACACAUUGGUGGUACAAAACUGCGACGAGUUGUUCGAACGCGAGCAGCUGUCAGCGGCUCCCGAUGUCGGCUGGCCCGACUGCUUCAACUCGGGGGUCUUCGUGUUCUCUCCCUCCGCGGACACCUUCAGCAAACUCAUCACCUUCGCACAGGAGCGUGGCAGCUUUGAUGGUGGCGACCAAGGCCUGUUGAACUCUUUCUUCUCUGACUGGGCUCACGGCGACAUCAAGAAGCAUCUGCCUUUCCUCUACAAUGUUACAUCCGCCGCCUUCUAUUCGUAUCUGCCUGCUCUGAAACACUACGGGCAGAAUUUGAAGAUUAUCCACUUCAUCGGAGCUGCCAAGCCUUGGCUGCAGCAGUUCAACUUCGAGUCAGGAUCUGUGGAUGCGCCCGAGCACAUCCGCGGCUUGCUCCAGCUCUGGUGGGACAUCUUUGUCGGAGACGUCCACUCUCAGCUUGAUACCGGCAUGGUUGAGGUGGCCGAGGCACUAGACGAGCCCCUGGUGUUACCUCCACAUGACGUGCGACACGAAUUCCACUAUCAACCAACACCGGACCCUGAAUCGGAAUUCGCUUGGCAUCACCCCGAUGUACAAGCCAAAGAAGAUAAACAUGACAAACAGAUCGAUGUCUCAGAAUUUCAUGAUCCAUGGACAAUUUAUAGAGGACACAUCCCACCAAUCGCAGAUGAAGGUCCCAGCCAACAUGUUGAACUAGUUAGGAUUGAAGAUCACGAAGAAAUCAGAAAGUAUGCAUGGGACUAUCAAGCUCAAAAACCUCCGUCCACUUACACAGAACAUAAACCGAAUCAGGAGAAUCAACCACACUAUACAGAUCACUGGCCACAGCACACUCAACACGAACACGGACACGAACAUCAUCAGAGUCAUUGGCAUCACGACCAUAACCAGAGCAGCCAUGAUCAUCACGUUCACCACUCUGAUAAUCAUGGUCAUCACAGUCACAACUUUGAUCACCAGAGCCAUCAGCAUUCCCAUCAUGGUCAACAGAGUUUCCACUCUGAUCAUCAUGGUUAUCAGAGUUAUAACCAUGUACAUCAUGAGCAUCACAGCCACAACCCUGUUCAUCACAGCCCCAAUUUAGAUUAUCAUGAUCAUUAUAACCAGAGUCACGAUUAUCAUGACAUUCGCGAACAUCCUUUCCACCAUCACGAUUAUAACGAGAAACAUAGUCAUGAUCAUCACGACCAUCAAAACAACAAUAAUCACGACCAUCACAGCCACAAUCAUGAUCAUCAGAGUCACAGUCAUGAUCAUCACAAUCACAGCCACGAACACCACGAACAUAAACAUUCGUAUGAUCAUCAACCUGAUAAUAGUAGUCAACACAUACAGUCGCAUUAUAAUAUCGGUGAACAAAAACAUCACCAAAAUUAUAAAAAUCAUGAAUCAUUUUCCUCACACACGCACCCAACACAAGAAGAUAUAGCAGUACACCAUGUACACGUAAUAAAAGAUAAGAAACGCACCCGUCGCACUCGAAGACUCCAUCGAAUUGAUACAUAUAGAGAACACGAAAUGAUGAAUGGGGAUGUGUCGGCAACCGAAAGUGAUGAUUAUGAUGACAUAAUGCCAAGACACCCAUACGAUGGCUUCUAUUUAAGGCACAGAGUUACUGUAGACGCGCGGGGGAGGAAAGUGUGCACUCAUGAAAUACCACCCACCCCGACACCGUCCCCGCCGGAUUCUCCAGUGCCUAUUGACUUACCGGAGGACGAACCGGUGGAUACUAAUGUGGUUGAGGACCAAAGCGGUGUUGCCGGUAACCUGGCUCGAGUGUUGCCUGGUGGGGCUGGAAACCGUGAAGCUCUGGAUGAACUGUCACGCCGCCAGGGUUGGGAGGCUGGCAACAUUGACUACAUGGGUGCCGACUCCUUCGCUAAUAUCUGGGCCAAGAUCUCGCAAACACUGAGCAAGCCUCGCUCCUCACCCCCUAAACAGUCUCCACCGAGGGAACCUGCUCCACAGCCAGCUCCAGAACAAGUCGUAGUUCAAUCUGGAGAAGUUGUACAGGAACCCGUCGCUGAACAAGUCGAAGUGGCUAAAGAGGUAGUCCCAGCAGAAAGCGCGGCGCCUGCGCCCGCCGAGCCUGCCCCCGCUGCAGCUGCUGAAGUGCCAGUCACAGUAGAAGCUGCGGCCCCUGUAGCGGCUCCUGCCCCCGCCGCUGAGGCAAAAACUGAAGAAGCUGCUCCUGCUAAGGUAGCUACGCCCGUCCCAGAGCCAGCUGUAGUACCCGUCCCAGUAGAAACUGCUGCGCCUGCUCCCGAAGCGCCUGCACCAGCUGUAGUCUCAGCGCCAAGUGAAGUUCCUGUGACCGUAGAGGCCGUCGUCCCAGACGUGCCUGCGCCUGUGGAAGCACUCGCGCCGGUCGCUGCGGCUCCCGCUAAGCCUGAAGCCGAGAAAGCACCAGAAGCCGCAGCAGUGGUAGAGGCACCAAAGACUGAAGUUCCAGUAGCCGCCGCCACACCAGAAGUGGCUGUUGUGGAAACCCCCGCGACCCCGGCCAGCCCGGCCGUUGCUUCCGACAGCCCGCCGCUGGCCAAUACGCCGUCCAAGGAAGAGGCGCCCGCAAUCCCCGCUGCUAAAACCGAGGAGCGUCGCAAGCCGGCGGGCAAACUGAAGCUGUGCCCGCCCGCCGUCGCCGACCCGCUCCCCACCCCCGACAGCGAGCUGGAGGACGCGGCCGCGCUCGCCAGCGCCAUCAUCGCGCGCGAGCUCAGCGCGCCCGCGCCGCCGCACGUGCCCACCCCGCCGCUCGGCGCCGUGUCGCUCGCGCAGAUCGGCGUCAAGACCCCCGCCAAGGGCAAGUCCUCCACGGCAGCGCAGAUAGAGUCCUCCAUCACGGAAACCGCCCAGCCCGCGACACCCUCGAGCCCAGCGGCACCUACGACUCCAGCAACACCAGUCACUCCUGCCACACCUACGACGCCCGCGGCACCUGCCACUCCCGCCACACCUACGACUCCCGCAACACUUGCCACACCUGUCUCUCCAGUGGCACCCGCCUCUCCUGCGACACCCUCCCCUGGCACUCCCGCCACCCCCACAACUCCCGCGACACCUACGUUGCCGGCACAGCCCAGUCCGCCCGCAGACCCGCCCAAGAAGAAGGUGGUAAAGAAAGUGGUGAAGAAGGAAGCCCCUGCGGCAGCGGGCGGCGAGGCACCCGUCCCGCCGCCGCGCAAGAAGGAAAAGAAGCCCAAAGAGAAGUGAGCGCUCGCGACACGCUCCCGAUAGUUCCUCUGUGCCAUAAUCGUAGCCUUUCUAAUGUUAAAUGUCUAUUUAAUUUUCGAAUAAUUAUGCUUUUAUGUAUCGCGUAAUUUUUUACUAUAAAAUGAUGUUAGCAUUAAUUUUUAUACUCGCUAUCACACACGGCCAAUGUAUUGUUUAGUUUGAUUUUAUACCUUUACUUUUUUAUUAAUUCUAUGAUUUUAUGUUUUAACACUGAUAAUAAUCGGUUUUUAUUGUUCUGAAAAAUUUAUCUACCAAAGGACGAAACGUAUUUAUUGUAUGAAAACGAAAGUUUUUAUGAAAUUUUAUAUUAAAAGUCUAUUUUGGAAUA